AUGAUCUGCUGCAUGUGGGUCAAAUCCAUGUCCUUGGGGCCGGCGUCAGCCCACAUGUUCUCGGUCGACGUCUACUUCAUUCAGCCAGCGUUGGGCUUGCGAAGCAGUGCUCUCAUCCUUGCCAUAGACUUCCUUGUCCUAGACGUCCUUGUCCUAGACGUCCUUGGCGGCCACCACCACAUUUGGCGCCGCGACUUUGUAGAUGGCGUCCCGCCCUUGAAGGUUGAAGCUCUGGGCAGCUGGCACGAAGACACAGCGCAACUCGCGUAUGUCAAAGGCCUCAGCUCCAAGAGUGGCCUGCAAGAGGUUCUGCUUUGCCAGUGUCGCCGCCGAGCGGCAGAUGAUCUACAUGAGCAAUUGGUCCCCAUUUGUGACCGUAUCAUCCUCCGGGUCGUCAUACUCCACGACGUUGACCUGCCGUACUUGCCGGAGGAAGCCGAGGUCGUGUGUCCGCGCCCACCUGCAACGCUGAAGGAUGACUGCGGCUUGAAGAAGGAAGGCGGCACCCUUUCAUCGUCAACAAUGGCUCCUGAUGAGGUUCAGAGUCCUGUUCAGACGGUGUAUUUCCGGCGCGACGCGCAUCAGGCGCAUCUCUUUAUGGAACCUGUCACCUUGCCCUUUGUGGCACAGGCAUCCACUCCUGAGGGCGUGACUACACGAUAUCCUCCACGACGACCCGUCAAGGCACGGAGAUCGACAAAUGGAGGGCCGUGCAGAGUUCCGGACGGCGCUUCCGAGAAGGAGCAGACGGAGGCUGAGCCCUUGAAGGCCGAGGCGAAGCAAGCUGCAUGGCAGGUGCCCGAGAAGCCAAAUCUCCGAGAGGAGCGGCGAGAGGCACCUGACAAGCCGAAUCUUCGGGAGCGGCGAGAGGAGCGGCGAGAGGACGCAUCUGGCAGCUUUGCCUGCUGGGCAUUGAAGUCGCUCAAUGAGGAGCAGGCCACGAAGAUCUGCGCUUCGACCUUGGCGGACCUGCCAGGACUAGCAGUGCAGUGCCCUGCGUGUCCCACUUGCAAGUCACACUGCCCGGAUCAGAUCCGGUGUCGCCAGCGAGCAGAGCAGGCAGCCUUCCGGCGCCGUGCUGAAGGUCCCACGCCUUGGGAGCUGGGAGGCUGGAAGGAUGGUGCCGGACCAUCGAACCUGGGCACAUGGAUGCUCUGGACGGUGCCCUUUGCCACUCGAGCUGCCAUGGCGCAAGAGCUAAAGAAGGAGAGCUACAAGAUUACGGGUGAUCCAAAGAAGCCUGAUGGUGCACCGAACUCCUUCGUGAAGAUGACCUGCUCCAGAGCCAACUUCCGGGCUGCGGGCUGGAAGGACGAAGACUUCAAGAAGCCAGUCAUCACCAUCGCAGCCCCGUACAGCAAUUCCAUGCCCUGCAACAACCAGUUUCGAGACCUGGCAGACAUCCUCGCCGAGGAGGUCGAGAGGUUGGGGGGCAAAGCUCAUUUCUGCUUCACGCCCGUGAUCAGCGAUGGCCAGAGCCAGGGGUGCAAGGCGAUGCGCUACUCCCUGGUGAGCCGGGAGGUGAUAAGUGACUGCAUCGAGGUCAUGCACUGUGGUUACCAUGCAGAUGCCAUCAUCACACUGGGAGGCUGUGACAAGAGCGUGCCCGCUGCCAUCAUGCCGCUGGCCAGGAAGGACAUGCUUGGCCUGUCGCUGUUCGGUGGACCCGCACUGCCGGGAAUUCAUCCAGGUUGCAAGAAGCGUGGAGCAGAUGGUGAGGUGGUGGAUCAGGGCAAAGCCUUGGAUCCCGGAAAGGUCAUGGAAGCGAUUGGUGCGUAUGGCCAGGGAUUGAUUGACAUGGAGGAGCUGCACCGCGCGGAGUGCCAUGGGCUGCCUGGGAGCGGCACCUGCAGCGCCAUGUUCACCGCCUGCACCAUGGCAUCAGUUGUGGAAGCCUUGGGCAUGUCUUUGCCCGGUACAGCCAGCACGCCGGCGGCGACCCGGGCAGACCCAAGAUCAGUGACGGAGAAGAAGCGCCAGGACUGCGCAGAGGUGGUCGCGGCACUCUUCUCGCUGGCAGAGAAGGGUUUGUCAGCCCGGAAGAUCAUCACCAAGGAGGCUCUGGAGAAUGCUGUUGCGGUAGUUUAUGCGACGGGCGGAAGCACCAAUGCCGUGCUUCACAUCCUGGCCAUCGCGCAUGAGGCCGGCAUCCCGGAGAGUCAGUUCAACAUCGAGGACUUCCACCGCGUCGGUCAAGCAGUGCCACUUAUUGGCAACGUCUCCCCCCACGGCAGGUAUCACAUGAGCGACCUUGACAAGAUCGGUGGCAUCCCGGUGGUCAUGCGGGAGUUGCUGGAUGCGGGGCUCCUACAUGGCAACUGCAUGACUGUCACUGGCAGGACUGUUUCCGAAAACCUGGCUGGUACACCCGCAGUGGCGGCGUUGGGGGCACAGGAUGUGCUGUACCCGGUGUCCCGGCCACUAGCCCCUGCUGGGAAUCACAUCCUGGUGUUGAAGGGCAAUUUGGCUCCGGAGUCUGCCGUGCUCAAGCUGUCGGGCAAGACUGACAUCGAGCUAACGGGUCCAGCACGCUGCUUUGAUGAUGAGGAUGCGGCCUUUGAAGCCAUCAUGGCCGGCAAGAUCCAAAAGGGUGAUGUGCUGGUGAUCCGCUACGAGGGCCCCAAGGGCUCGCCUGGCAUGCCGGAGAUGCUGAGCCCCGGCUCCGCCCUGGUGGGCUCCGGGCUGGGCAAGCACGUGGCGCUGGUGACUGACGGCCGUUUCAGUGGUGCAUCGCACGGCAUCAUGGUGGGCCACGUCACUCCAGAGGCGGCCGUGGGAGGCCCCAUCGGCCUUUUGGUCAACGGGGACAUGGUCACCGUGCGCCCGGCCAAGCGCGAGCUCUCGGUGGCUUUGUCAGAGGAGGAGCUGGCCGCGCGGCGCCGGGAGUGGCGCCCGCCUGCGCCGCGGGAGGGGAGCUUUGGGGCCUUGGGGAAGUAUGCGGCGCAGGCGGGGCGCGGGGCGCGUUUUCGCGAGUGA